GUUGAGUUUUCUAGUGCACUGAUCAUUUAUACUGUUGGUUGGAGAAAGACUUCGACGAUGACAAAAAAAUGAAUAUGAAUCAUGUGGUCACUGAUUCGUCAUUCUGUUGCUCCUUGUAAUUUUUUUUUGUUUUUUGUUCAUCAUCAGUUGUAAUCUAUUUGGGGAACUUGAUGGCACUAAUUAUUUGUUUUAUUAUUUAAAUAUAAUUUUUUCCUGUAGUUUAUUACCUGGCAAUAAUAGUUUAUAAUUGGGUCAAAUUCCCAUUACUGGUGAAAUGGUUCUAAAAGGGCUGAGAUGUGUUUAAGCUGCUAGUUAUUAUUAUGUAUUCAUGUUGGACAGGUGGACAUCAUCAAAAUCAACUACAUUGUGGGUUUUGUGAGAGUAUCUUAUCAAACUUUCAGCGUUGAGCACAUCAGCUGUUUGUCUAUAUUUGUGCCCAAGUGUUAAACUUUUGGGCUCUUUUUAAGCACAAAUGCAUACAAGAUUGUAAAGCUGCUGAGGAGGCUUAAGGAGUAAAUCUUAUUUGGAGGAUCUCUUUUUUUAUGUCAAUAUACAAAAAAAAAAAAAAAACUGCGUGCCAAGCAAAGAUACCAACAUGGUGAAACGGGCAAAAAACGAAGAUAAACGAAAACAUCUGUCUGGAUUCAGCUCUGACUCUUUUUGUGUAUCAGUGCUAGCAAUAAAGACCCUGACAUAACUCCUUUCAGUGGGCAAGUGAUGCAUAGAUAAUUGGGUGUUUAAUAUAAAUCUGGCUGUUACACUCUCUCAUCAGUAUCAAGAUGUAAGCAUAAAAUGUAUACAAUAUGUAAAAUGAACAAGUUAAAAUUGAAAUGAAUCGUACAUAUGCAGUAAUAAUGCAGAUUAUUUCACUGCUGGAGUAGUGCAUACAUAACUGCCCAGAGUUACAAUAUUGAAUGACCGUCUGCUAACAUUAAAGCAGUUCAUUACUGGCUAGUACAGUUGGAUCUGGUGCCAACAUGUCAACAAAACGCUCCUUUCCAAACAUCCUGUAUCAAACCUGAAGUCAUGAUGCUAACGAGGCUAACAUUCGCCAAAGGUGAAGUUAGCACGCAAGCUAAGCUAACCAAGCUGCCGUUGAUGACGUCUUCUGACUGAGCGAUACGGAACUCCUUUAGGAAAAGGCUGAGAUAUAGGGGCGUUAGUUUCACUGCUUACGACAAACGCUACACGGCAGAACAAAACGAGAAAGACAGAACUGCAAGGUAAUUAACAAUCAGGUAGACAGGUAUGUAAAAUGUUAUCAUUCCAGAGGAUAUGCUAACGUUAGCUUAGCCUUGCUUACUUUGCUGCAGUUCCUUCCUAACAGAGCAACUAAAAUACACUUAAAAGCUCCUACAGCUUCUUAUGCAGUCAAACCUACGCCGAAUUACGGAUCACCACCAAGCUUAAGUGGUGUGAUUUGUUGAAACGUAUUUAACAUGUUUUGUUCACAGUACAACACAUUAACGCUUAAUACUCCGAUUUUUAAAUCGUGCUUGGUUUGCUAUCUACCUCAGUGACAGGCGGUCAUAUAACCUUCGCGUUAGCAAUGCUAGUGUGUAAAAAAGGUGACACAAAUCUUACCGUAAAAGAUCAAAAUGUGCCCCCUCAGGAAAACACUUUGACACAGACUUGCGGCCUGAGCGUGAUUGUGUUGUUGCUGUUUAUCCUUGGCACUAUCUCCUCCCCUGUCCGCCUCAUGUUAACUCGCAUGACAUCAAGCGCUGUGUUCAGACACGACCAGGCGAGGGCGCUGUUCUCCUUAGGAUAGCAUUGUGCUGGAAAUGAGAUAUUUUCAGAUUAGCGGUGGUGUUGGUGCCAUAGAGAACUAUAAGAAAGGCUAGAUGGCUCAAGGUGGAGUCACCGGCGUCCAUACGAGGCGGCCAUCUUACUCCAGUAUACCAUUCUGGUACGCUCUAUUGUAGCUGACGGAAGGUGAGUAAGAUGCAUGAUACAAAAAUACUCUUAACUCGCUGAAAUCUUGACAAAUUUAAAAAUGGCCUUGUGAAUUAUAUACCGUAAUAACGUGGCUAUCAGUCGGGGUUCGUAGACAUAUUGAAAUGGCAGCUUUUCUUUGAGAAAAAAAGGACUUCAUUGUGCAGCACAGUUGUUUCACGGCUAUUUGCACGCAAAGACAAACUUUGAGUGGCUUUGCGCAAAUUGCACAUGAUUUCCAAGCUGUUUGGUUUGUUAAAAAUAUCUAAAAUGGCAACAUUAGGGAGAUAUUUAUAUUAAAAAUAAAUACAUAUAUGUUAUUUUGUAUGUUACCAUAGUUUUUCCUAUAAUUGAAAUAUUACUAAUAUAACAAACGUGAAAUGAUUAAAUGCUUUAUAUAUAAAUGAUUUAAUAUAACUGCCUUGGGUGUAGGCCUAUAGCUAUUGCUCUACCUAUGUGCUUACUGUUUAUUUAUGGAAAUUCAUAGGUAAAAUUAUUCUUGAGUAUGCAGGAACAUAAAUAAAAUUCUGAGGUUUGUGACAAACCACACCGUUUGAAUUUCUAUUUAAAAUUAAGUAAUCUACGAUUAUUUAAACGCUACAUGCACAGUAACUGUAAUGCUGAAUGGGUGUGGUGCCUGAAGCAAGAUGGCCGCCAUGCGCGGACGUCGGUCUCCAACAGCGUGCGUAAGCCAUCUAGCGAUUAUAUAUACAGGACUGUCUCAGAAAAUUAGAAUAUUGUGAUAAAGUCCUUUAUUUUUGUGUAAUGCAACUAAAAACAUGAAAAUGUCAUACAUUCUGGAUUCAUUACAUAUCAACUGAAAUAUUGCAAGCCUUUUAUUUUUUUAAUAUUACUGAUUAUGACACACAGCUUAAGAAAACUCAAAUAUCCUAUCUCAAAAAAUUAGAAUAUCAUGAAAAAGUAUACUAGUAGGCUAUUUAACUAAUCACUUGAGUCGUCUAAUUAACUCGAAACACCUGCAAGGGUUUCCUGAGCCUUUAAAAACACUCAGCUUGGUUCAGUAAACUAAAUCACAAGUAUGGGGAAGACUGCUGACCUGACUGCUGUCCAGAGGACCAUCACUGACACCCUCCAUCAGGAGGGUGAGACACAAAAAGAAAUUUCUAAAAGAGCAGGCUGUUCACAGAGUGCAGUUUCAAAGCACAUUCACAAAAAGUCUGUUGGAAGGGGGAAAUGUGGCAGGAAACACUGCACAAUCAAGAGGAGCUGCUUCCAGAAUUUGGGGGAGCUUCAAAGACAGUGGACUGAAGCUGGAGUCCAGGUAUCAAAAGCCACUGUUCACAGACGUGUCCGGGAAAUGGGCUACGAUAGCCGUAUUCCCAUGGUCAAGCCACUCCUGAACUCAAGACAACGGAAGAAGCGUCUGACUUGGGUUAUAGAAAAGAAGCACUGGACAGUUGCAGAGUGGUCCAAAGUUCUCUUUUCAGAUGAAAGUUUUGUAUUUCAUUUGGAAGUCAAGGUGCCAGAGUCUGGAGGAAGGCUGGAGAGGAGCAAAAUCCAAGUUGCUUGAAAUCCAGUGUGAAGUUCCCACAGUCAGUGAUGGUUUGGGGAGCCAUGUCAGCUGCUGGUGUUGGUCCACUGUGUUUCAUCAAGUCCAGAGUCAAUGCAGCUGUGUACCAAGAGAUUUUAGAGCACUACAUGCUUCCGUCUGCUGAAAAGCUCUAUGGAGAUGAUGAUUUCAUUUUCCAGCAUGAUUUGGCACCUGCCCACAGUGCCAAAACAACCAGUAACUGGUGUACUGACCAUGGCAUUUGUGUCCUCGAUUGGCCUGCCAACACCCCUGACCUGAACCCCAUAGAGAAUUUGUGGGGUAUUGUGAAGAAGAAGCUCAAAGAAACCAGAACCAACAAUGCAAAUGAGCUAAAGGCCACUAUUGACGCAUCCUGAGCAUCCAUAACACCUCAGCAAUGCCACAGGCUGAUUGCCUCCAUGCCACGCCGCAUUGAUGCAGUAAUCCGUGCCAAAGGAUUCCCAACCAAGUACUGAGUGCAUUAAUUGACAUUUUCAAAUGUUUGAUUUUGUUUUGCUGUUAUAAAUCUUUUUUUUUUACUUGGUCUGCGGAAAUAUUCUAAUUUUUUGAGAUAGGAUUUUUGAGUUUUCUUAAGCUGUAUGCCAUAAUCAGCAAUAUUAAAAUAAUAAAAGGCUUGCAAUAUUUCAGUUGAUGUGUAAUGAAUCCAGAAUGUAUGACAUUUUUGUUUUUUUAAUUGCAUUACAGAAAAUAAAGGACUUUAUCACAAUAUUCUAAUUUUCUGAGACAGUCCUGUAUAUGGUUGGUGCAUCACAUGCCUGGGCAGCACCGUCAGCACGCUCACAUUGCAUCACAUUCGGCGCAACAUCUCUACCACCGUCUUAUACUUCCUUUGGGCUGUUAGAAAUUCAGGAAUGUACACAUUUAAAUUGUUUAUGUUGCUGCAAAACAACUCUUGCUUUGUACAUCUCCAAUCAUAUUUUUUUUUUUUACAAAUACUACAUAAAAAAAAGUUGAGUCAUAAUUUAAUGUCAUAGUUUUGUGAAAAGCAUGUGCUAAUUUUUACAAAGACGAACGAACUUCAAACUAGUAGGAAAGAAGUCUUCCACAUUUUCCUCUAAAAGACUCUUUGUGAGUGAUAAAUCAGUGCAAUUAACAUACGGCAGGAUAGGCCUGGACGAUAUAGAAAAAAGCAUAUUGAUAAAAAAUAAAUCAUAUUGAUCGGUAUCGAUAAUUAUCGAUAUAAUUAUUAUAAUUAUUUAACAUAUAUUUUAAUUGCAGCCCUGGAUGUUUUAUGCUAUUGCUUAAUGACCUACUUUUAAUAAAGAACACACAAGCACUGAAUUCAAAUUCAAACCUUUAUUCAACCACCUUUUUUAUUUUACCACAACUUAAAGUUUUUUAAAAAAGAACUAAAAAAAAAAAGAAAUCAACUUAGGUGGCCUGAGUGACGUCAGUAAAUACUGACAAACAUAAAAGACUAAAGUGACCAGAAAAUCUGAUAAAUAAAUAUUUAAAUAGUCUUUUGAUGAAAAUAAACAAAACAAACAAAUAUAUAAAUAAACAGAAUAGCUUUAGGUGGGAAUAGCAUACUACCAGUUUUAACUGUGUGGGAAACUGCCCACAGCCUGGUGUCUGAACACUGAAAUAUUUCUCCCGGGGUCGGGAGAUUUAUUUUUUUUAAUUAUCAUGUGAUUGACUUAAUACACAAACUAAGCACGAGAAGCAGGACUUAUCCACGCCGGUGUUGUGUCGUAGAAUGCACCCCUGCCGAAUGCACCCCCUGCUAGUAGCCAUGAUCCAAAUACUCGCGUCUUUGUAAAAUAUGAGCUCAUUUUCUUCCACUUUAAGAAGCUAGUGAGUGGACGGGAUGCAGGGAUGCAUUCUAUGGCACAACACCGGAACGUAUUUCGUCUGCACCCUUCUCACCUUUUCAACCCCUGACCAAUUUUCAUGCCUGAAGCGCUGUGUUUGAGAAAUACUUGCGGCCGGGCACUUCAUAUCGCGGGUCGAGAGUGGCUAGAAGCUGGUCGAAGCCAGGCUUUUCAACGGUAGUUAUUGGCAGUAUGUCCCUCGCUAUGGAGCAUGUUACUGCAUGGGUGAUGUCCUUAUGCCGCUCGGACGCUUUGUCGUAUUUUGGCAAGAAACGAAGUCCAGUUUGGUCUGCUUCACAUGCUUUGUGCUGGUGCUGGCAGCGGUUCCAGAGGAUUCCUCCUCCGACGAUGACGUGGAGCCGCGGCGUGGCCGACACAGCUCGUACUCCUGCGGGUGCGAUCGGUUUAGAUGGUAAAACAAGUUGGUUGUGUUACCAGACUUGGUUUUUACUAAUUCUCUGCAAAUUUUGCAAACGACCGCUGUUCGCUUUUUGUCAGACUUUUAAAAACCAAAACAUUGCCAUGCUGGUGAACUACUGAAACCUUUUUUCGGGACAAUUUCCUCCGCUUCUCCUUGCUGUAUCAUUUUUUCUAAUACGCGUGCUGUCUGUUGUGGUUUGAUAGGGGCUGGGCUUGGUGCCGUAGCGUACCUGGGUCUGCGUUUGUGAUUGGUUGGGAGGAAGUAAUGACUGUAGUAAAAGCUACAUGAUAGGCUAUGAUGAAAAAGAAAGGGAAACUGUUUUUCUAUCGAACUUUUUAUCGACCCGUUUUUUUUCUAUCGCACCACACGUCUAGCGAUCGAUAUAUAUUGUUAUCGAAUUAUCGUCCAGCACUACGGCAGGAUCAGAUUUUUCGUUGAAAGACAUAACCUACACAACUGUAAGACAAAAUGGGCAGAAAUGUAAGGCACUGGUUGAUCCUGAAGGAGGCACCGCAAUCAACGCAAAAGCUCCUCACUGUAGCUUCAAUUAAAGGUACAGUAUCAUAAACCAGUGGUUUGUUAUGGCUGCGCCUCUAGUGGGCUUGGGGAGGUACUGCAAGUGGGCUGUUAGAGGAUGGUAAUAAAAUAAAAAAAUAUUUAUUUCAGUUUCACUUUGUGCUUUUUUGUGUUGCUUACAAAUAAAUACAUUUAUCUGUCUCUCAAGUGUCAGAGUCAUGUAAUGAGAGGUUGGCUGUCCUUGGAAUAUUUUUGAUAUCAAACUUUAAUGCUGAAUGAAGUGUUGCAGUUAGCGCCUGAUUGCACAGCAUAUCAGCUUCUGGCUACAUUUCCACUGAAGUUAACACACCUUUUACAUGGAACUGAGUCAACUGGUUUCAGUUUCUGUGACUGCCAAAACUUUAAAUUUAAAGAAAAACAAAAAGCACUGGCAUAACUUAAGGUGUUCCAACAAUAACAGCUAUAAACUCAUUUAAUGACAUUAAUCCAUUACCUUAAAAUGUCACACUCAUUAAAUCAUAAGAGUUUACACAAGAGAGUUCAGAGUUUGCAAAAUCAUUAGAAUGAAGUGCUGAAUAGUAAUUUAGCAGCUUAAAAAGAUUUUAGGUUUUUUUCAGGUGUGGCAUCAGUUUAUUUAAAAAAAAUGCAUUUCAUAUAUCAAGGCUCUCUUUUGAUGCAAUUUAACUUCAAAAAGAUAAAUCAAAUAAAAUUAUGAUAAAGGCAUGAUACUGUUUAGGACCUUCACCACAUUAGCUGUCUUCUCAGAGGGUCUCCUUUUGAAAUUCUUUAGGUAAGGAUGAAUUUCCUCAAAAUUUCCUCAGUAAAACCCAGGGUAGCCAGCUCCUGCCUGAAGAUGCUCAUGUUACAAUGUCAUUUAACAGCAUACGUUCAAAAGCAAGAACAAUUCGAGUCAAGAUCUAGUCAAGAAGAAACAAGAUCAAUAAGAUUCACAAAGUGCUUUGAGUCCAUUUGGAUGCAGGUACUGCCAAGCAGUGUUAAAGGCAAAAUACAAAGUGAAUAAAUUGAAUAAAUAAACAUCAAGAAUGAAACAAUCAAUUAUCAAUGUGAGACCUUUUUAUUGUCACUAUCAAUUAAACUUUCUUAAUGACUAUGUUCUUCCUUUCAGCGUUUUUGAGUUAGCUCUUCGUCAGACCAUUUUGAUUUUGAGGAGAGAGAAACAGUCGAGGGAGGGCAGUUGGCAACAACUGAGCUGUGAAUGGUGAGGAGAUGGCAGAAGGAAGUGAUGGAUCAGGAAGUGAGUCAGGAGAGAUGGAAGUAGGUGGCAGGAGGUGUAAAGUUGAAUGGGAUAUUGUCAGGAAAAAUAAACGUAUAAGAGAGCAAGUAAUCAAUCAGAUUAUAGGGAUUAAAAAAGGGGGGCUGGAGGAAAGAAGGAGUUUAAGGUAACCGUUAAACUUGCGCAAGAGGGUGCUUCAUUCAGCAAAUGGAAUCCUAUAAGGCUAACCCAUAGACUGAAGAUACUAUGGACAACUUGGUUCCGCCUUCCGUAUGGAUACGGAUUUAAAGCCAAAAAGCUCUCGGUAAUUCCGGGAUUUUUCUUAAUUUCCUGAAACCAGUGCUGUGCAGUAGCAAUGUGCGCCUUCGGCGGGAGAGUCGCUGUGAUGACGCUCGGCUCAAACAGCGUAUCCCCCGGAUGAGCUACGCAAUCCCUGAAUGCCCAUAGGCUGUAUCAGGUGUCAAUCAUAGAAAACAUGACUAAUAACUUUUAAAAAUGGAGCUGUUCAGCUGGUUUUAUCAAAAACCGUCAGCCUUAUUUCAAUAUUUGUCGUCUUCUCAAUCUCAUGUAUACUCCUUCGGAUACAGUGCCUGAAUGUGUCCUCUCCUUGGAUGCGGAAAAAAGCAUUUGACUGUGUGGAAUGGGCAUAUUUGUUUAAUGUUUUAGAGAAAUUUAAUUUUGGACCUAGCUUUAUUAGUUUGAUAAAACUAUUAUACUCAAACCCAACCGCUUCUGUUCUCACAAAUUCCCCAAAAUCCCAACCAUUUAGUCUUCAGCGAGGUACUCGUCAGGGUUGUCCCCUGAGCCCAUUCCUUUUCAACCUGGCUUUGGAACCUCUGGCUAUUGCCCUGAGAAGCUGCCCAGAAACCAAAGGCAUCUGGAGGUGGGGAGUUGAACAUGAAGUGUCCCUUUACGCAGAUUGCCUUUGCUUUCCCACUUUGGCCAGUUUUCAGGAUACAAACUUAAUCUUCACAAAAGUGAACUGUUUUCAUUGAAUAAGGCUGCCUUUAUCACAGACUUAUCAAAUCUUCCUUUUAAAGUUCCUAAAAACAAGAUCACCUAUCUAGGCAUUACGGUGACAACUAAAUACAAAUGUCUUUAUAAAGAAAACUUUCUAUCUCUGCUAAACAAAGUUAAACUAGGUCUGGCACAAUGGUCUCCUCUAUCUACAUCCCUUGUAGGCAGAAUCAAUUCAAUUAAAAUGUCCAUUCUUCCUAAAUUUAUAUACCUUUUUCAAUCAAUUCCAGUUUUCAUACCAAAAUCUUUUUUUGAUCAGUUAGAGUCAGUUUUGUCAUCAGUUUUAUGGAAAGGCAAGCGUCCUCGUCUCAACAAAGUUCAUCUUCAAAAAUCCAAAAACAGCGGGGGUAUGGCUCUACUAAACUUCCGACUGUACUACUGGGCAGCUAAUAUACGCUGUCUUACUUGUUGGACACAUUUCUAUGACAGGACAGGUAAACCAGAGUGGGUGGAUAUGGAGCUAAACUCAGUUAAAAAUCAUUCUAUUCCAGCCUUGCUUAGAUCCUCAUUCCCAGUCCCCUCACAUAUUUCAAUCCCUAACCCUGUUGUUAGACAAUCUUUGAAAAUAUGGACCUAGUUUAGAAAACACUUUAACUAGCUUUUCUCUAUCCAGCCCAAUCUUUUCUAACCUUCUGUUUCCACCUUCCUCACUUGACUUCGCCUUUCAGGAAUGGCACAGACCAGUUAUUAGACACUUUACAGAUUUAUUCAUUGGGAACUAUUUUGCAUCUUUCGAACAGCUGUGCAAAAAAUUUAACUUAUCAAAAACUCACUUCUUCAGGUACUUGCAAGCUAGACACUUCAUCCGUUCUCAGGUACAAAACUUUCCUGCAGCAUCUGAAACAAGCAUUGUCGAUGAUGUGCUUCAGUUGCAUCCAACACGUAAAAGGCUCAUCUCCAUAAUAUACAAUAAGUUGAUAGAUAUAAGACAUGAUCCCCUAGACAAAAUAAGGGCUGCCUGGGAACAAGACCUGAACCUUACAUUGUCAGACAAUCUGUGGGAAAAGAUCCAUAGGUAUAUUAACUCAACAUCGUUCUGUGCCCGCCACUGCCUCCUGCAGUUUAAGGUCGUUCACAGAGCUCACUUAUCCAUAUCCAAACUAGCUCGUCUCUAUCCCGAGGUGGAUCCCCUCUGUGACAAAUGCAGAUUAGGUGAAGGCUCUCUUAUUCACAUGUUUUGGACGUGUCUCAGCCUUGAGAAAUUUUGGAGAGAGGUUUUUCAAACUUUAUCACAAAUCCUUAACAUAACCUUAGAACCUGAUCCUCUGGUGGCUGUUUUUGGUACGGUGGGAGAAGAUACAAAUCUUUCUUCCAUUAAGAGCUGAACCCUAGCGUUUGCCUCCCUCCUGGCUGGACGUGCGGUUCUCCUCAGAUGGAGGGAUGCUGCCCUGCCCACUCACAGUCAGUGGCUGAAAGACCUUGGACUCUAUUUUUGUGUACGCCGGUGAGGUGGCGGAGGGUGGUGGACCCCGCGCAGUUGUAUUUUCGUCUGGCGGAGCCCGGCGUACAGCCAGUUUGGUAUUGUCGUGGACUGAGGCACACGGAGGCGAACCGAGAUCCACCAAGCUGGGCGUGGUGGCGUGGCAGGGGGAGGUGUCGACAGAAUCAGAGGGCGCACUGAAAUUUUCGUGCUCCCCAGUGGCGUGUAAAGUGCGCUGAGAGCUCGCCAAUUCAAACCUGGUCAGCUUUCAGUGCAGGCGGAGCACAGCUGGUCUAGUGGUAUUUUGGUAGACUGGCGGCAUAUCAGCAUACGUCACCGAUGCCUCACAGGCAGGUUUCCACAGUGUCAGGCACAUUUCAGUGCAAUAAAUAAUCAUCAACAACUAUUAAUCUGAGUCAGCACAUACAUUUAGAUCUAUAUAGAUAUAUUCUGAUCUAUAUCUGAUCUGAUGAGCGCGUUUGGCACGCGUUUGGACACAAAACCUGACUGAAUUAACACAGCUGAAACCGCAUUAAAUUAAAUUAAAUAUCUAGUAAAUAAACACAUAUGAUGAAGUGAACAAGAUAUGUAAUUCGCCUCCCUCCUUUUCUUUCUUCCUCUUCCUCUUAUUUCGUAUUUGUGCGUAAUUAAUUUCUAAAGUUUGUCCACAGCUCCAUAAGCUUUGCUGGCGGAGGCGGGAUUUAUGACCUAUAUUUUAGCCCAUCAACAGAGGGUGCUGUUCUCGGAGUGGCUUCACCCAGCAAGGAGGCAGAUGCUGUCCAUACUUUAUACAGUCUAUGGUCAUGACUCAUGGGGGGCAGCACGAGCACUUCCAAAAAAAUAUUGAUAAAUCUGCGCCGCAAAGCGGAUUUGUAUGAACUCUUGUCAAAUUGGUGCCCCCUGCUGCUGUGGGUGCCCCUGCUUGCUGCAAAGGUGCCGCACAGAGGCUGACAGACUGUAUGAGACGAAGGGUGAGAGGGUCGCGGGGGACAGUUCUGCUCUCAGGACUGCUCUCACUCUGCCAGUCACGGUGGCUCAAGCAGAGAGGAGCUUCUCAAAAACUGAAGUUUAUAAAGUUGUACCUAAGGUCAACCAUGUCUCAGGAACGGCUCACUGGCCUUGCCGUCAUCAGCAUCAGUCACUUAACCCAUUUAAACCGGGAUAGCAUGUAGGCAUAUCAGCUUUCCAAGCCGGGAGCGUGGAUUCGCUCGGAUCUUGCUAUGUGCUUCGUGAGGAAAGUAAACAAUGACGGAGGCAGAGAACAGCUUUGGAGGAGAAGAAUCCAGCAGUGUGAACAACCUCUUCAUAUUGAGAUCUUUGGUUCACACUCUCGGCGAUUUCUGUGAGUGUUGCAUGACUUUGGGUGAGCACAGGAGGGGGGAUUUGCGUUUUUCAAAUCUGUCUCAACAGCCAAACUGGUUUUCAGAUCGUAGACCAUAGCUUUAAGCGGCUGAAAGCAAAAAGAAAUGGGAUUAAAAGCAACAGCCUAUCAAUUCUAAUCACCUUCAAUGAAGAAAGACUCCCAGAAAAGAUAUUCAUUGGAUAUAUGUGCUAUGAUCUGAGACCAUAUGUUCCCCCACCCCUAAGAUGUUUUAAAUGUCAGAGAUUUGGACAUGUAGCGGCAGUGUGCAAGGGGAAACAGAGUUGUGGCAGAUAUGGGGGAGACCAUGAGUAUGGCAAAUGUGAAGAAGGGGCAAAACUGAAGUGUUGCAAUUGUGGAGGAGAACAUAGCUCAGCAUACCGUGGAUGCAGGCAAGUAAAAAAGCAGCAGAGGUACAGAGAGUCAGGGUUUCCUAGGAGUGAGCUAUGCAGAAGCAGUCAAAAUGGUGUCAGGAAACGUACAGACAGCAAAGCAAAGCAACAAUGUGAGCAAAGAUACCGUUAAAUGCAACCGAUGUGAUAAGGUAUAAAUGAAUCUGUGUUGUUUAUGGCAGAUACAAUUAACUGCUCAACACAGACAAAGAGCCGAAAUGAAAGAAUCAAAAUAAUUGUUAAUUCAGCUGAAAGGUACCUUGAUGUGAAGGGGUUGAGCUGGGAAACAGUCAAAGACAUUCUGAAUGAAGAUACCCAAUCAUCUCAGGCAUGGGCUGGAUCCUCCUAAUGGUCCUACUCUUGUUGCAGUGGAAUGCAGGAAGCCUCAUUGCAUUGAAUGGAAUGAGUUUUAAAAUAUAACAAAUAAACACAGAUCAUGAAGCAAUUGUAAUUAAGGUAUGGACUAACAAAGGUUCCAUAGAUAUAGUUAAUUAUUACAAUCCAUGUGAGAAAUUAAAUCAAAAUAUAUUAAACUCUGUUGGGGGAUCACUGCAAGAAAGAGUAAUAUGGAGGGGGGGAUGUCAACUCACAUAAGUCAUUGUGAGAAAGCAAUAGCACAGAUGCAAAUGGUGUAGUUGAGGAAUUUUUAGAUGAUCAGGGUUUGGUGUGUACAAAUACUGGGGAGGGGACAUGAUAUAAAAGCACAAAAAACACAGAGACAGCUAUCAACCUGACAUUUGUAGAUAGUACAACAGCAGACGUAAGCACUUGGAAAGUAUUAAAACAUUCUACAGUACGUAGCAACCACUAUCCUGUGAUGACUACAGUCAGAUCAAAGGUUAGUAUGGAAAAGGGAAAGAAAAUUCCUAGAUGGAAAUUGGUAAAUGCUGACUGGGAUUCUUUCCAAAGACUCAGCACAAAUAGACUUGACAAAACUUCAAGAGAGCCAGAUGGAUAUACACAUUUACAAACACAAUGAGGAAAUAGUAAAAGAAAUAAUUACAUCUGCUGAGGAACCAAUCUCCAAAAGUACAGGAGGGUAGAGGUACCAAGAAUGUAGCCUGGUGGAAUAGUGACUGUGAUAAAGCCAUAAAAGCCAGAAAUAAAGUGUUUAGGCAACUCAAAAAACACCAUUCUCAGGAUGCUCUGACACAGUAUAAAAAGGACCCAGGCAAUAGUAAGAAGAACACAAAAACGCACGGAUAGCACCAGUAUUGGGAGUGAGGUACAGCUGUCAGAUGUGUGGGGCAUGAUUAGGAGAAUGGGGGGAAUCAGGAGGAAUUUUAAAAUACCAGUAUUGAACAAUGGUGAAAAAUUGGCUGCCUGCAACUUAGAAAAGGCUGAACUACUAGCCCAAACAUUUAAAAAAGUUCACAGUUCAGACAAUCUCACAGAAAAGGCCAAGCAGAUUAGAAGAAGGAUCCUUAAAACAAACCCAAAAAUACUAAAGAGAAUGGAGCUGCCAGGAGAUUAGUUAGACAUGCCUUUUAGUUUGUUUAAGCUGAGAAGAGCUAUCAUUAGUGCUCGUCAAACUACUCCUGGGAAAGAUGGUGUAUGCUACAAAACGGUGGAACACCUUACAGAGGAAGCACAAGCUAUAGUGUUAAGUCUGUUUAAUAGGGUUUGGGAGUCUGGCCAACUUCCCUCAGUGUGGAAAUGAGCAACAAUAGAACCAAUUCAAAAACCAGGAAAAGACCCCUCAGAUCCAUCUAGCUACAGAUCUGUUGCCUUGACAUCAUAUCUAUGUAAAAUCAUUGAAUGUAUGGCUACAGAAAGAUUAACAUAUUUUUAGAAAGUAAAGCUUUUCUGUCUGCAUAUCAAAAUGGGUUCCGUAGAGGUCGUAAUACAAUGGAUUCUGUACUGUGUUUGAAAUCAGACAUCAGGAAAGCACAGACCAAAAAGGAAGAAGUGAUAGCAGCCUUCUUUGAUGUUGAAAAAGCCUAUGACAUACUCUGGAAAGAGGGACUACUCAUUAAAUUAAAAUCACUGGGAAUUGGUGGAAAAGCAUUUAACUGGGUGUUGGACUUUUUAAUCAACAGAAAAAUACAAGGAAGAGUGGGUGCAGAAUAUUCUAAUGUGUAUGAAGUGGAGAAUGGUACCCCACAAGGUAGUGUAUGUAGUCCAAUGUUAUUCAACAUUAUGAUAAAUGACAUUGUUUUCUCUCGUUGAACAAGGAAAAGGGAAAUCAUUGUAUGCAGAUGACGGGGCUAUUUAGGGAAGAGGCUGCAGUAUAGAUUAUGUAAGUCAGAAAAUGCAAGAUGCAAUACUUAAAGUGAAGGAUUGGGCAGGUAAAUGGAGAUUCAGAUUGUCUAUAGCAAAAACCCAAGUGAUGUGUUUCUUAAGAUGGCAAAAAAUCACACCCUUCUGCUUACAACUACAAAACCCAAUUCUAUUGAAGUUGGGAAAUUGUGAUAAAUGUAAAUAAAAACAGAAUACAAUGAUUUACAAAUCCUUUUCAACCUAUAUUCAAUUGAAUACUCUACAAAGACAAGAUAUUUAAUGUUCAAACUCAUAAACUUUAUUUUUUUUUGCAAAUAAUAAUUAACUCAGAAUUUCAUGGCUGUAACACCUGACAAAGAAGUUGGGAAAGGUGGCAAAAAAUACUAAGAAAUUUGAGGAAUGCUCAUCAAACACCUAUUUAUUUUCCCCGGGACAUCUGAUGAGGAAAAGAGAACAAUUUUGGGAAAAACGGGAUGGGUGGCAACUCUUAAGACUAAUGGGAAGAAAUCUGGAAAAUAAAACAGGAAAAAGAAGAACAAACAAUCCUCAACAAGACUUCAGAGUUUCUUUUCAUUAUUUAUUGUUAACUAUCUGUCAAGCUGUAUUGAGCCAACAUACAGUGAGGGCAGAAUAGACCACAGUUAUGUCCAAAGUACCAAGUGUUGGGUCAUUCACAAAGAGCUGGGUGCAAAACCCCCCAGAAAUAGAGCAAGAUGUAGGCUUAAUGUGCCGGAAGUACCAGGUUCUUUUUUGUAGCUCAUCCCAUUUCUGAUGAGUUGUCAGUAGGCCCUCCUUUGCAAAACUAUGGGGUUCAAGGGGUACUGUGUAAAACCACAAUUUAAGAUACAACACGGCACUUUCAGCAGAGAACAUAAGAUUGGAAUAGUUACACCAGAGAGGUUAUGACUGUCACUUUUCACAGUGCUGUAAAAUUAAGUGGGUCUGAAACCAACACUGAUGUCUGUCACGUAGGAAAGCAGCAAAUACAAUGCAAAAACAAACAUCCUCUGCAGUUUUUUAUUUGUAAAUUUAAAACCAUUGGUCUCACACAUCAUUUUAAUAGGGCUGUCUGCUAUUGAUUUCUCAAAUAAUUUCACAAAGAUUGACCCUCAAGUUUGUCGGAUAAAAUGCACACAUUUUUUGGUGAUAAACCACACAUCAAGCUAGUGAGUGUUAGAUAGUUAGUGUUUGCCCGCAUUGGAUCAGGUAACCCAGUGCCAGUUAGAAGACAAUGAAUAAUAUGUGGUAAUCCCUUGCAUUAUGCUUAAGCAGCAACAUGUACUUGAGCAGCCUGCCCAAGUAUUGUCUAUACGUGGAUAUAUAACAAGUUGAAUUCUCACUUGACACAAUUGAAAUUAAGUCUGUGUCAUGUGAACAAGUUUUGGCUGAAAAAGAGAUUAAAUGUUAUUUUUAAAAACCAAAUGCUACAGUUGAUAAUUCUCUGUUUUUUGUAGACACAAUGGCUUCACCAUCAACAUCUCUUGCCAAGGCCAACUCCAUCUUCCAUCUGGCGCUGUUCAAACAGCUGAGUGAGGAUGACCAAAAAGCGAAUGUGUUCUUCUCUCCUUUCAGCAUCUCCUCAGCUCUGGCUAUGGUGAUGCUGGGGGCCAGAGGCAACACUGCUGCACAGAUGUUAGAGGUGAAAACACAGACACGCUGAAACACACUCUCAAUACAGUGAGAAAUUGUCACAGUCUUGAAGAAACCCUUUUGGAGCCCAGUCAAGUGUUCAGAGGCCGUUAAAAUAAUGGAUCAGGUUCAUCAAUUUUGAGGAAAUAAUUACAAAGACUUAUGAACAGAUAUGUAUAAUAAAAGGUGUGGCUGAGCGGACUCACAGGUGGGCAUGAUGUAGCUGGGCACCAGGAGGCCCGCCUCAGCUCCACCCCUCAGUCUGUUUCUAGGUCAAAGCAACAUUUCUGAUAUGGCAUCCUUUGACUUGAAGACACUUGAUCAGAAAGUCUGCUCCACCAAACAUCUCAUAACAAGCAUGUUGUUGAAGUUGACCUGAAUGAACCUGAUGAUGAUACAAAUGAUCUGCACCCUCAGGUCCUAGGCUUCAAUGAGAGAGAUCAACCAAAGAAGACAGAGGAAGAAGAGCAGAUGCAGAUGCAGAUGCAGUCCCAGCAGGUGAGCAGACAGCCUGAUAUGGUGACAAAGACAGGAUGAAAACAAUGAUGAGUUAUAGGAAGUGUCUGUCACCUGUUAAGAGGAAAAAUUCCAAUAUUUGCUGCAACUUUUAUGUCAGAAUUUAGAUAUUCAGAGUGAAUGUUCAGCCUAAAAAAAGCAGAUAUAUGCAGCAGAUGGAAAACUUUCUUUUCCUAAAUUUUCAUGAGUUUGUGAUGUACAAGAUAGCUUAAGUGUGUGACCACCUUCAUUAAAAUCCUACUGGCUAAUUUUUGGUUUGGUCUUGACUUUACGGAAAAAAACAGAAAAAGACCAAUGGUAAAAAAUGUUAUGUCCAUGGAAAUCUUCAAUACAAACUUAAUUCAACCAGCAGUUAGUAUUGAUAAAAAUAACUUUACAUGAUCUAAAAUAAACACCUACAAAUGUUGCUAGAUCUUGAGGAGUUCCUGGCUCAUUGUUGUGCUUAUUUAUUUUUUAGAAGUCAACCAGGGGUACACAUUGGUGGAGAAAAUUCAGAAAUAUUGACUAUAAUUUCAUUUGGCUUGUAUUUUCAUUGUGAACAUUCCACAAAGAUUUUUUUCCUCACCUUAAAAAACUUAAUGGCACAAUAAACUAAUCCACCUGUAGGACUAAUAAAGGAAUAUCUUAUCUUACACAGGCUACAGAUAACUGAUAACUGAUAAAAAUGAAGACAUAAUAAAAAUGUGAAUACUAAAUUGUACUGCCUGACCUGGUUUUUUGGGCACACAGCUGACUCGUGAUGACAGAGUGAGCAAUUUGUAAUAGAGAAUGGCUCAGUUUGCCACUGUGAACUGGUUCUCAUUGUUCACUUAAAAGAGUCGUUCAAACAAUUGACUUGUAGGCAGACAUAAAAUCUCUAAUGGAUACCAAAACAAGCAUAAUACCAACUCAUAACUGAUGAGUCCUCAAUUGACCUGAAAGUGAAGUCUCUGAGGAUAACAACUUAUCCCUAUGUUAGAAGCAAAAUAAACAGAAUGCAAAACCUUGUGGUGCUGCUUGGUAUGGAAGCAGUAUAAGCAGUAUAUUUACUUGACUUUGACUGCAGCAUAACCCUGAUUCACCUAACCACCCACUCUGAAGGCAUCAGCUCUCAGCUGGAACAUUAUCAUUCUCCUAAUUGAGAAGGGAAACAAUAGGAUCACUUUUAAGGUCUAAAAACGGUUGCAAUCAUAGACUAUAUAUGUCUGUGUUUUUCUCAUUAUUUGAGCUGGCAAACUAAAAGGCCAUAAUAUAAAUAUUAAUAUUAAAGUCAUGUUAUGUUAACAUAAUACAAAGCUGUUUCAUGCUCUGCCUUACCUCACUGUCUCUUUAGCAUGUAUGUCUUCUGUGGCACUUCCACAGACAGGUGGUGUUAAGGAUGUCCAUGCUGAAUUUGGCAAUCUGCUCACCUUGCUUAACGAUCCGAGCGCCCUUUACUCCCUUGUUACUGCAAACAGACUGUACGGGGAACAGUCCUUCAAGUUUCAUGAGGUGAGGUGAUUUAGUAUAUAUAUAUAUAUAUAUAUAUAUAUAUAUAUAUAUAUAUAUAUAUAUAUAUAUAUAUAUAUAAUAUUGAAGUACUGACUAUAGAAGGUGCCAGGAACACUAUUACCAGACUGAUUUUUGAGUGCUCUCAUUGGAACUUUCAUGGCAACUAGAUUGAGCAAUUUUUUUAUAUAUAUGACACAUGGCAGCUGUAGUCACAGACCAACUGAAAGAUGGUCUAAAGAGGAUUGACCAGAGCUACCUCCCUGGCAAAUAAAAGGUCUGGUGCUAUCAGUCCACACUCUACCAGCAUGUGAUGUGACCACUUAAGAUGUGUGAAAUAACAGCAACAACAGUCACAAAGCUGGAUGCCAAGGCAAGCAAUUACAUCCGAAAGUGGAUGGACUUCCAAGGUGCCUCUCUGAUGCUGCUCUGUUCGGAAGAAAUGCACUGAGACUGCCCCUGAAGAACAUCACAACCAGGUACAGGCUUGAGAAAUCCAGGUUGGUGCUGGAAAUCAGGCAGUCAAGUGACCAUCUGGUCAGGAAUUCUGGUGCCAAGAACAGGCAGAGCAUGGAAGGCAGAGGCCUGUGUGGACAAUGCCAUCUCCAGACUGAAGCACAAAGAGCUUGUGGGAAGAACGCAAUAGGGAAGGUGUGGUCUUGGCUGGGGAGAGCCACAGAAGCUGUGGUCAAAAGCAUCCUUGAAAGAAGGAGAACCUGGUGGUUACGGAAGUGGCAAGGAUGGAGGAGGACAGGUUCUUUGCCGAGUCCAAUGGCCAGUGCCAGCAAGGCCAGUGGACCAAGUGGGAGGGCAUCUUACCAAGGUUAGUGAAAUGGAGUGACCUUUGGAAGAUGCCUCAGACGAGGAUAAGCUUUCUCAUAAGAGCUACUUAUGACACCCUUCCAAGCCCAACAAACCUGGCACGAUGGUACAACUGUGACCUCUGCAAAAAAAACCACAGGAAAUCUCUGCCACAUUCUGUGUGGCUGCCAGACGGCUCUGGCCCAGGGUCGUUACAGGUGGCGGCACGACCAAGUACUAAGAAUGCUGGCAGAGCACACAGAGAGUAUGAGAGUCCUGGCCAAUGAGAAGUCAGAAUCCCAACAGAGGCAGCUGGUGCAGUUUGUAACAGCAGGAGAGGCCAGAAAGAAAUGCCCAAAAAAGAGACAGAGAACAGACCAUCCGCCCUGGCCCCGGGCUGGUCAAUGAGAGCAGACCUCGAAAAACAGCUACGCUUCCCCUGUGACAUCACGUUCACCACGUUGAGACCCAACAUUGUCCUUUGGUCAAUAACUGAGAAGCGAGUCCUGUUAGUCGAGUUGAUGGUCCCAUGGGAGCAAAACAUCCAGGAAGCGUACGAGAGGAAAAAGGCACGGUAUGCUGACUUUGUGGCAGAAUGCCAAGAGAAAGACUGGAGAGCAACAACCUAUCCAGUGGAAAUUGGCUGCCGUGGUUUUGUUGGCCUCUCAACCAACCGUUUCCUGAGGGACAUUGUCUCCACAGCAGCAAAGGUCAAAAAUGUCCUUAAGGAUCUCUCAGAAGAAGCGGAAAAGGGAAGUUUCUGGCUCUGGCUACGAAGAAAGGACAAGAGCUGGGGGAACCGAGAUGCCACAUAGCAAAAACUGAAUAUCGAAAUCCAACUGCAGAGAGUGGCAGGGAGACGUCCCUGACUGCUGCCCCACCAUCCUGAGAUGUUCUGGGGCCUCAUUUAUAAAGCUUGCUUACGCACAAAACCUGGCUAGAAAUUGCGUACGCCACUUCUUACGCAAGAGUUGGGAUUUAUAAAAGAAAAACUAGUGUAGGAAUGUGCGCAACUUUAAGCAAACUCCACACCUUGCUUACGCACUUUUUGGAGACAAUCGGAGCAAGGUGAGAAUAGUCCGGGUGAUGCGUUCAGCACAACGGAUGACUCGAUGCAGCCUUUCUGUCCUGAGAGCUGCAGCUGCCGUACCAGGCAGUGAUGCUCGCAGAAAGCACAGACCCCACUGUGGCGGUGUAGAUAGUUUGCCAAUUUGAAUUUACAAAUGUGCAAAAAAACAAAUUCCAUUUACAUGCAUUUGUUUUAAGAUAAAUAUGACUACAUCUUUUUGGUUUACGAACUUUCACCACAUAAGCAGCGGUGGAUAACGGAGCGUUUUUUUUUUUUGAACACAUGCACGAGUGUCACACGUGCUUGUUUUUUCUGAUCCUCACCUGUCGCCGCCACGCUCUGAUGGUGAAAAGCCACUUUUUUCUUAGCCUCCACCUUUAGAUCAGACCACUUCUUCUUGAUUUCGGCACAGUUUUGUUUUCGUCAUCGUCGAGGAAAACAAAACUCCACGUGUUUGCGCGCACGCGUGCGUGUGUGUCUGUGUGUUGGAGGAGCACAGCAGGCUGAUGAGAGCUGUCAGAGCGGACAGAAGCUGCUCCUAUAUGUUUAGCGUUUAACUGACUGAGUUUUGCAACUCUGGUCGUCAUUUUCGUCUCGUCCCAUCAACGUAACCGCACAUUCGUCUCGUCACAUUUUAGUCAUCUCCGACUUAUGUUUAGCUCGUCAACGUUACGUCUUCGUCGUGGAAGAAAAGGGAAAUAUUUCCGUCAACAAAAACAACCAGUGUUGUUCUCGUUGAUGAAAAUAUUUCCUUUUGACGCUGGUGUUGACGAAAAUAUUUGACGAAAUAUGACGAAAACAACACUGUUUCGGCAACGCUGCGCUCAGUGCCAGCCGCAAUUGCCACCACGGCAACGGCGUUUUUAUUGGUGAUGCCACUCGAAUGGCCGCCGAAUAAGGUCUCCCGUCUCGCCGCCACCUCAUUUACAAGAACCUCCACCUCGAUCUCUGAAAAGUUUCUUUUUCUACGACUUGCUGAUGCCAUGGUUAAGCGUGAAAUGCCGUGGAUCCACCAGGCUUAUUUACAUGCAAAUCACAUUCAUGAGGUAAUUUGCAUGACCAUACAUGGUGAAUUUUGGGUGUGGAGAGGGCGGGGAAGAAUCAAAUCCCUGCUGCGCAACUUUCCAGCUGGUCUGUGAUUUAUAAAGGGAAAGUGCGUGCAGGUGUGCGUAGGCAGGGUUUUAUAAAUCAGAUUUUUUUUUGCCUACGCACUUUUCAGCUUUUCAACUUACGUACACUUUUAGUAUGGAUCCUACGCCAGGUUUUAUAAAUGAGGCCCCUGGUGAUCAAAGGGGCGAAACAUCAGUGAAGGAUGACUCCCAGCUGAGGACCCUGCAGCUGGUAUCGAGAUACUGGCUGAGGUGGCCCGGCUAAAGUACCCCAGAGGUCCCCAACAUCGACCUGCGACAGUGAACCAUCAGGUACGCGGCCAGGUGCAAGUCUGGCUCAGGGAGGAGGACACCCCUGCCAUGCAGAGUCCCUGGGUCAGUCCCUGGUGAACAAGGGAAAACAUCUGGCCAGGAUGGCUCCCAGCUGAAGCCUGCAGCUGGGACUUAGGCACCGUCGGAGGUGCGCCAGGCAGAGAUGCCCUGCAGGUACCAACAUAUGCCUGUGUACAAAAGUAUCCCUUUGAUAAAUGACAUAUAUUUUCUUUUUCAUUUGAGUUCCUAUUCAUUCCAUGAAGAAGAAAAAUAUGUCAGUUAGAAAUGAAACUGUAACUCUAAUUCGGUUUCACCAUACAAACAUGCCUUUUUUUAAAAUCCAGAGUUUCCUGGCAGACAUCAAAGCACACUACAGCGCUGAGUUGGAAUCUGAGGACUUCAAAACCAAAGCAGAGGAGGCCCGGAUCAACAUCAACACCUGGGUGAAGGAAAAGACACAAGGUAGAAGUGACAAUGCUGUUGAAAAUCAAUGAGGACUGUGUUGGAUAAAAAAAGAAACAGACGUUAUAGAUUUGAAAAAUAUCAAACCCAUUCUAAUGUAAAAUGAACAAAAACAUAUCAAAAGUCAGAUAUGAGAAAUCACAACGUGCUUAAAAAAUCCAUCAGACAGCUCCAACUGAUUCAGAAUGCUGCUGCUCGAGUCCUCACUAAGACCAAGAAAGUAGAUCAUAUCACCCCAGUUCUCAGAUCUUUACACUGGCUUCCCGUCUGUCAAAGAAUUGAUUUUAAGAUACUAUUGCUGGUUUAUAAAGCACUGAAUGGAUCAGGACCAAAAUACAUUUCUGAUAUGCUGAUACGUUACGAACCAUCCAGACCGCUCAGAUCAUCAGGAGCAGGUCUGCUCUCUGUCCCCAGAGUCAGAACUAAACGUGGAGAAGCAGCUUUUAGUUUUUAUGCUCCUCAUAUCUGGAACAAACUCCCUGAAAACUGUAGGUCUGCUGAAACUCUCAGCUCUUUUAAAUCACAGCUGAAAACGCAUAUGUUUGCUGUGGCCUAUCAUUAAAUCAAACCUGAGGCCUUUAAUCAACAUCUUCAUCAUCUGCCUGUCUUGAUCUUUUUUUUUUUUUUUUUCUAUCUCUCCAAUCUAACCUUUGUUUUCUUUUAUCUCCAAUCUUAUUUUAGCUUUGAAUGUAACUUUUAAUCUGUUAAAUGUCUUUUACGCUGUUUUUACUUUUUAAAUUGUGUUGAAUGUUUUGCCUGCUUGUUUCAUGUAAAGCACCUUGAAUUGCCCUGCUGCUGAAAUGUGCUAUACAAAUAAACUUGACUUGACUUGACUUAAGAAAUGGUAUUCCUGUUUGGGUGACCGCAACAUGUUUCAAAAUCAGCUGGAGUACUUGUAAUAUAAAUCUGUGCACCAAAGGGACAAGGACCAAAAAACAAUACUGGAUAACAUUUAAGCCCUCAGAUUGCAAUGCAUUAAAAACACACAUGACUUUGUGGUGGAAGUCACUGCAUGGGCUCUUAAUCACCUCCAAAAACCACUGCCCAUGAACACAGUUCACAGCUGCAUCCACAGCAUCAUGCAAAGAAAAAACUAUGUAGAUAUCAUCUAUAAAUGCUGGUGACUUCUCUUGACCCAAGCCUUUUUAAGAUGGAUUCAGGCAAAGGUAAAACCAUCCAAAAUAGUUGGGCAAGUCCACUGUCAGAGUCUAUUUUGACCUCUUCUUUAAGUCCUUAUUCCUGUUUUUUCCUGUAGUUUCCCUAUUUCAUUUUCACUCAGUUUCAGACACAUCAGAAAAUGACUUCAAAGGAAAACCUUUUUCCUUUCAUACCCACUCAUUUUUUGAUUUAUCUUUAACUGUAUAAACUGUGUCUCGUCUCUUCCUCAAUUGUUUUCAGUAGACCACUCAAUAAAUAACAUGUGAAUGCUCUGUAUCUUUGUUCUUCUCCUCUUUGUGGUACAACUACCAGAAAAUAAGGAACCAAAUUUCCUUGUGAAUAAAAGUACUGUAGAGUCCAUGUGUCUGUUACUCAGUCUGAUGGAUAUUUCUCUUCAUCACCAGGUAAAAUCUCGGACCUGCUGUCUCAGGGCGCCAUAAAUGAAUUGACCAAGCUUGUGCUGGUCAACGCCAUCUACUUUAAGGGAACAUGGGAGCAAAUUUUUGACAAGGAGCUCACUAUAGAUCAUCCAUUCAGAAUAAGUAAGGUAAGACUGCUCACAGACAGAAACUGAAGGAAACAGACUAAAGAACAAAAGCUGCUAAAUAAGUGAAUUUAAUAAAUCUUUUCUGUGAAGUCUUAAUGAUCUGAGCCUAUUUAACUCAGACUUUUUCUGCAGAGUUAUAGAGCAAAAAGCCAGAAGUCCUACUUACGUCGAGGCUACAUGAACAUAGAAACAGAGGAGGAAGCUAAGACAAAUAGACACCAGACAGUGUUGAGGCAGUGGAGGAACUUGUGUGACUAUGUUGAUACAGAAUUCAUUAAUUAGUGAAUUUUUACCUGUGAAAUGAGACACUAAUUUAUUACUUAAAAUUUUGAUUUUUCUGUAGAUUUUCCCACAAAAACUGAAUGAUGAUGAACAGUUCUGGCCCUGUUACCAGAAUUCCAACAUUAGUCUCAAAAAUCCAUCUGUCUUGAAAUUCUAUGUUCUGCUGCAGCUCUGCGUAGUGUGUGUCUUAAUUAAAGGUGCAAAAUCCACUCUUACAUGUAAGUUGAAACUUGUGAGUUUUAAAGUAAGUUGUGUCAGUGUUAGAUUGCACCAUGCAGACAUAAGGUUCAUUUUAACCAGUAAAACCUUUCGUCCAAACAAACCAAAAUAUGCUUAAAAUUAUUUUGUCACUCCAUUUGGCCAAUGAGAGAGAAGCUUUUGUUAACGGGCUGUUUACCUUUAAAAAGGCCAGUGGCUGAAAUAACUGCAGCUAACUCCCAUUAAUCAACGUUCAGCAGUGUAGUGGUAUGUAAAAUAAGGCAAAACAGUAUGAUUAGAUGAUAAUGUCUAUUGUAAAAUAACAAGUGGCCUUGAGUAAUAUAAAUGUUAAAUAUAAACUGGUACUCUGUUGGUGUACAGAUGGAAUGAUCUCGGCUUGUUAAAAAUGAAAGCAGGAGUACAAACCAAAGUCUUUACACAUUUCAGAGUGAUGUAAAUGAUCACAGAGAUGUUGCAACCACAGAACAGCCAGUAAAAUGCUCUGCUUCUCCUCAUCUUCCAAAUUAUACCAUCUUAAAAACACAUGAAGCUGUGUUUCACCAAGGUCUAUGCACCUACUCAGAGCUAUAGAGGUAAGAUGUAAACUUAUGUGGAUUGAUUAUGUUGAAACUACUUCAGCCAGUGACCUUGAACAUGAGUAUAAACUCAUAUAUAAAGUCACACUUAAACUAAGCUAGAUUUGAACUUUAACAGAGCUGGUUUGAUCCAGUGCUGACCUCAGAAGUUUGAUUUUUAUAAUCUGUUCUUCAGUCUACUUUUUAAAUCAGAAAACACCCAAACAGAUGUUUUAAUAGUUUGUUAUUAAUAGACAAUCAAAGUUUAUGAGUUUGAGGUACAAAAAAACACUCAACAGUUCUCUGUUCUCUCAUAGAGUGACACCAAAACUGUGAAGAUGAUGUGCAUGGAGAAGUCGUUCUUUUACAACUCCAUACCAGAGCUCAACAUCAAGGUAAUGUACCUUCAGCCUGUUGUUCAGGAUCAGUGACUUAUAUAAAGAUGGCUGACACAUCUUCCUAUCCUCCCACUAUUCAAAAGUGAAAUCAAACAUGGCCGACACUGAGAUAUCUAACUGGUGGUGACGUUCCAGGUGAUGAGUUUGUGCAGUAAGCAUUAGCGGAGCUGCAAUCAGACCCAGCAGGGGAAACCCAUUUGUUGGUGGUUAUUAAAGUUUCUUGGAGGGGCGCAAUAAUCUGGAAUAGUGACAGGUGCUUGACUUGUGUCUAUUAUGAAACUCUAUGCCUAUGCCCUGCUCACUAUCUCACUGAACUGAAGCAUUUGGAAAUACAUUUAAUAAUGCAGGUGUAGAUCCUCGGCUGUAAGGAUUUCUCUCGAUAUGAGCCUUGUAUGGGUUUAGUUCAAUGCUUACCCCCUCGAUGAUUUAGCAUCUAUGUUAAAAGACAACUAAACACAUUGCCACUAAAUGCUAUAUGCUGUUCCAAUGCUUCCUGUGGAAACUAGUAUUGUAUUCUGAUUAUCUAGUUCGACUCAUGCCUCAUCUGUUGCCGUGGAGAGGGAGGCUGUUGUGACCUCUAUGACCAGCCAGCCAGUAGGGGAAGCACGAAAUGUUUGUCAUCCAUACUUUUUAUAGAAUAGAAUAUUCCUUUAUUGAUCCCCCAUGGGGAAAUUUUUUUUGUCACAGCAGCAUCACAGACAAGACAAGAAGUGCAAAAAUGCAGUUAUAACAAUAAGGGUCCUAAUAUUAAGAACUUAAAUAAAUGUAAUAAUUAAGAAAAAAAAAUCAGAAAAGGGAGAAGAAAAAAUAAAGCUUUCUACAAUAUACACAAUUUAAAUGCCAUAAAAAAAGUGGUGGUGUAAAUCCAGUUUUGUUACUGUUCAUUGUAAAGUCUUAUUGCAGAAGGGAGGAAUGACCUGCGGUAGCGCUCCGUCCUGCAGGGUGGGAGUCUCAGUCUGCUGCUGAAGGAGCUGCCUAAAGCCCCCACAGUCUGGUGCAGUGGGUGAGAGGGAUUGUCCAUGAUGGAUACAAGCUUUGUUAACAUCCUCCUCUCACCCACCUCCUCCAGGGAGUCCAAAGAGCAGUCCAGGACAGAACCGGCCCUCCGGACCAGUCUAUUCAGUCUCUUCCUGUCCCUCUCGGUGCUCCCCGCCCCCCAGCAGACCACUGCAUAGAAAAGUGCAGAUGCUACCACAGAGUCAUAGAAAGUCCUGAGCAGAGUCCUGCACACUCCAAAGGACCUCAGUCUCCUCAGCAGGUGGAGACGACUUUGGCCCUUCUUGUACAGGACGUCUGUGUUUGUUGACCAGUCCAGUUUGUUGUUGAGGUGGACACCCAGGAAUCUGUAGGACUCCACCAUCUCGAUGUCCAGACCCUGUAUGUUCACUGGAACUGUUUGAGGUGUCCCCCUCCUGCGGAAAUCCACAACCAUCUCCUUUGUCUUACUGGCGUUGAGCUGGAGGUGGUUUGUGCCACACGAGUUGACAAAGUCAGUGAUGAGUCCUGUAUUCCCGCUCAUCCCCUGACGAUACACAUCCGACGAUGGCUGUGUCAUCAGAGAACUUCUGGAGGUGACAGCUCCCAGAGUUAUAGCUGAAGUCUGAGGUGUACAGGGUGAAGAGGAAGGGGGAGAGCACUGUCCCCUGUGGAGCCCCCAUGCUGCAGACCACCAUGUCCGAUACACAGUUCUGAAGCCUCACAAACUGUGGUCUGUCGGUGAGGUAGUCCACGGUCCAUGCGGCUAGGUGACAGUCCACUCCCGCCCGCUCGAGCUUCCCCCUGAGCAGUGAAGGCUGGAUGGUGUUGAACGCACUGGAGAAGUCAAAAAACAUGACCCUCACAGUGCUGCCAGUGUUCUCCAGGUGAGCCAUGGACCUCUGCAGCAGGUAGAUGACUGCGUCAUCCACCCCGAUGUUUGGCUGGUAUGCAAACUGUAGAGGAUCCAGAUGAGAGCUCACCAGGGGGCGGAGGUUCCUCAGCACGAUCCUCUCCAGAGUCUUCAUCAGGUGAAAAGUGAGGGCCACAGGUCUGAAGUGGUUGGGCUCCCUGGGGUGUGCUGUCUUGGGGACAGGAAUCACGCAGGAAGUCUUCCACAGUGUUGGGACCCUCUCCAGACUCAGGCUCAAGCUGAAGAUGUGCAGUAGCACCUCACAGAGCUGGUCUGCACAGUCUUUCAGGAGUCUGGGGCUGAUGCCAUCAGGACCCGUGGCUUUCCUUGGCUUCAUCUUCCUCAGCUCACUUCUCACCUGGUCAGCUGUUAUGGAGAGGCUGGGGGUGGUGCUGGAGGGGGUGGUGGAGGAUGAGUGGAGGGGGGUUGAUGGUGUCGGUGCCAUGGGACUGAGGUGGUGUGAAUAAGAAGAAGGAGGAGCAGCAGACGGGUCGUUGGUUAGAUGAGUCGGGGGAGGAGUGGGAGUAGAGUCAAAUCUAUUGAAGAACAGAUUCAGCUCGUUGGCCCACUCCCUGUCUCCUGCUUCAGGUCCCCUCUCAUGGCCCCUGCUAUGACCUGAGAUGGAUUUCAGGCCUCUCCAGACCUCCCUUGCGUUGUUCUGUUGCAAAAGGUUUUCCAUCUUGGUCUUGUAGCUGGCCUUUCCCUCUCUGAUCUUCUUCUUCAACUCCUUCUGCACCCUCCUCAGCUCCUCCUUGUCCCCAGAUUUAAAGACCCUCCUCUUCUCCUUCAGGAGGACUUUCAGUUCCGGGGUCACCCAGGGUUUGCUGUUGGAGAAACACUGUACUUUCCUGGUGGGUACGGUGUUCUCAACACAGAAGUUAAUAUAGUCCGUGAUGCAGUCAGUCAUGGUGUCGAUGUCAUCACCAUGUGGGCCGCACAGUACAUCCCAGUCUGUGGUCUCAAAACAGUCCUGCAGCGCCUCAGUGGCCUCCUCAGACCACCUCUUAACAUACCUGAUGGUGGGGGGUUGUUUCUUCACCAUAGGUAUGUAAAUGGGCUGCAGUCUCACCAGGUUGUGAUCUGAGCGGCCCAGCGGGGGGAGGGGGGGGGAGGUGUAUGCAUCCUUGGUGUUUGUAUAAAGUAAGUCCAAAGUUUUAUUGUCUCUUGUUGGGCAGUUUACAUACUGGCUGAAGGUAGGGAGAGUGGAGGACAGCGAUGCAUGAUUAAAGUCUCCAGAGAUGAUGAUCAGAGACUGAGGGUGUAAUGUCUGUAGCUUGGACACUUCACCAUGGAGGAGUUCACAGGCUGCAGCAGCAUCAGCCGAGGGGGGGAUGUAAACAGUUAACGCGAUGACGUGCGAAAACUCCCUCGGUAGGUAAUAUGGCCGCAAACUCACAGCCAGCAGCUCAAUGUCCUUAGAGCAGAGCUGCUCUUUAACACUGACGUGCCCAGCAUUACACCAUCUCUCAUUCACAUACACCGCUAUCCCGCCUCCUUUCUUCUUACCACUCUCCCUCACGAUCCGGUCCGCUCUGACGAGGUGAAAUCCGUCCAAAGUUAUGAGCGGGUCCGGAGUGAGUUCGUUCAGCCAUGACUCCGUGAACAUCAUGAGGCUACACUCCCUAUACUCCCACUGCAGCCGAGUUAGCGCUGUGAGCUCUUCCAUCUUGUUGGGGAGAGACCUCACGUUUCCCAUGAUGAUGGACGGGACAGUUGGUUUGUAACGUCUCCGCUUUGCCCGAUGCUGAACUCCAGCCCUGCAUCCUCUCCUUCUCCUGCGGAGCUUAGCGGGGAUGUCCGGUCUCUCCCACGAAGGUGGCCGGGCUUGGCGCAGCGCCAACAGCUGUUCACGGCUGUAAACAAUGCGGCCGGUGAAUGGGUCGCCGGUCGCGGACUUAAAAACUCCGAAAAAUAAAAGAAAACAAAGUGCUAGAGUCAUGAACUGCACAUCCAUGGCUGGAAUAUGCAGACACAACACUGCUGAAUGAAAAGAAAGAUAAAAAGGUGCAAAAAACAACAAUAAGAACGCACAUACGUGAAGUCUGUGAGGAGCUGCUGUGACUUGCUGCCACUCUCAGGGCGCCCGAGUCACACCAGCCUAUUCAUAUUAUUCAGCCUAUGAUCAAGAUGAAGAAAUCAGAUUUCAACAUGGUUAAAGAAUAACAAUCUUUUGAACAGAUCCUUGAAGUGCCUUACAAAGGAAGAGAACUCAGCAUGCUCAUCUUCCUGCCCGAUGACAUUGAGGACGACACCACAGGCCUGGAGAAGGUAGAGAACCCCCCCCCGCCCCAAACACACACACACACACACACACACACACACACACACACACACACACACACACACACACACACACACACACACAUACACACUGUACGUGUAACUAUAAAAUAAACAGACUGACUGAUUGCUGUUGUUUUAUUCACACCAGCUGCAGAAGGAGCUGACCUAUCAAAACUUUGAGCAGUGGACAGAAAAGAUGAAUCAUGGUCAGGUGGAGGUGAAAUUUCCUCGGUUCAAGUUGGAAGAGACGUACAGCAUGGUGGAAACCCUGAAGAAGUUGGGAAUGACGGAUCUUUUCAGCUCCUUGAGGAGUGAUUUUUCAGGUCAGAAAUAAAAAUAUACUUUAGGAUGUUGUUCGAAGAGAAAAAAAUUAUGUUCACUAUAACAUUUUCUAAUUCAUUAUUUGUAAAAAAUCAGCUUUCUCUGUCUCCCCCUGUGCAGGCAUGUCUCCAGUCAAGGGCCUGGCUGUAUCUGAAGUGGUUCACAAGGCGUUUGUGGAUGUGAACGAGGAGGGGACAGAGGCGGCAGCUGCCACUGGUAUCACAAUGGAGACUCUUAUGGGUUAUAUUGGGAAGCCCUUCUCCUUCGUGGCAGACCACCCCUUCCUCUUCUUCAUCAAACAUAAACCCAGCAAUACUGUCCUCUUUGCAGGUAGAUACUGCAAACCAGAGUAAACUCUGCAGAACGUCCGCAGACAUGAGAUGUGAAGGGGGUCGAUAUGUGACACCCCAGCAUCAUUUGUAAGGGAGUAGAUUGAGAUGGUUACUUGGUCUCUUUGUGGUCACUCUUCUAAACUUUUGGUUGUUUUCUGCUUUGGUUUCUUUCAUUAUAUUGAAUUGCUGUUUUAUUUUUGGCCAUUAUGAAGUUCCUUUUGCAAGCUUUGCAGUAGAUAUGUCUCUUAUAGGUAUAAUCUGUCUGUUUUUCACAUUUUGUGUACAUUUUUAGGGCACUUGGGUGAUUUACAUUAAAACACAGUGGGGUUUUUUGUGUUUGCAUCAUUUAAGUUUCUAAUGUUUAUAUGGUGGCUUUGUCUUUUCACAAAUUUUGUUCACUCUUUCUUUUUUGCCACAUUUUUUCUACUUUAUUAUGGCUCUUAAAUUUUCUGUGUUCUCUGUGAAGUUGAUUCUAGAGUCUUAAAACACUGAAUUAGACUCAUGAGAGUCCGAUAUAUCCACUAACUUCAUAUCCUCUAAAAGAAGAUGGAGAAUUUCUGCUAUUGACUAUUCAGUUUUUUUGAGCUGUGCUUUGGGAGAGCUUUUGAGUCAAAACUGUGCUGCUUUGCAUAAAGACAUACCUAUGUCUGCUUUGAUACAUCAUUAAAAUGUAUUGUGUGCAUUUUGAGAGCUGCCCUUGUACCAAAGCCACUCUGAAGACAUUAACAUAAUGCAAACAGUCAUUACUGUAAUUUCAAGGGUUCAGAGGGUAUAAAUGUAACUAUGGAGCAUCUUUGAUAGAUUUGAUCAGUUGUUUCCACGAUGGUGGCUGCAGCAGUCCAACAGCUUCUCAUAUUCUCUGUACCCUUUUGUCAUCAAAAUGUUCUGCAUGCAUGAAUAAAAUGCUCAAAUAAUGA